AUGAUUGCUAGUAAUGAAUUAGUGUUGGGAGAUUAGUAAACUUAAAUUAUGAUGUAGACCUAAAUAAAUCAAGUGUCCUUUUUGCUCAAAUUCAACAGUUUCAACAGUUACUUUUAAGAAUGGCUAUAUAAGCUAUAUUACGUGUUUUUUAGUUUUGCUGAUUUUUGGACUUAUGCCAAGUCUGUUACUAAUACCAGUAAUUAUGAUAAUCACAAGAACCUUAAUUCAUAACCUAGAUGUUCUGCAUGCAAUGAAGAAAUUGGUGGAGAUGGAAAAGUGUUUCAUGUGCUAGGUGUGAAGGAUUCAAUGAUGUCAUUCAAAAUUGGAGAGUUCGGAGUUAUUUUGACUAAAAGAAUAGUUAUUGGCACUUUGUUAUUAAUCUUAACAUUAGGAGUUUUGUGGUAUAGAAUAAUUGAAAUGCCAACUUAAUAAUGGAUGGAUUAUCAUCAACAUUACAAUCCAAAUAUCACUAUUUCUGACACUUGGACUGAUUAUUUAGAGAAAUGCUCAAAAGAGAAAAUAUUUCAAAAUCUCUAAAAUUAAUAAAUUUGUUAUUAAAAAUACAUCGACAGAACAAUAGUAGAUUGGAAAGGAUAUGCAAUAAGAGUAGAGGAUAACCAAUAAUCUUUGAUGAAAUUCUUGCAUCACUCUGUUAAUAUUUUGGUGAAAAUGGACCCUGCUGAGAGUGAAUUUCAUCCUGAUUUGUUAUUGACUGCAGAUAGUGAAAUAGCCACUGAAUUGUCUUCUGAGAUUGAGAAAUUGGAAAGAGGUAGUGAGUUUAUUUUCACUGCUAUAAUUAAGUCGAUUGGGGAUUACUAAAACAUCAGGCAUUUUCAUCUCCUAAACAUAACUAAAUUAGAAGGUUACAUUGAAAUUCCACCUCAUCUUCAUUAAUAAAGUAGAUAUGGAAAUUCUUAACAAUUUCUUGCUUAAUCAACUGAUUGA